AUGGCGUCACUGAAUUGUUCGAUAAACGGCCCCUCCAUCCGGAGCAGCUAUCAGGCCGUCAUUAAUGGCCCCGCCGUCUCGUCGACAUCGCCGACUGCUGCCCGCUGGGCGCUGUUCACGGUCCAAGCACCCCUGGUGAGCGCUUUUCAGAAUACUGUUGCAAAGGAGAGCAUACUCAAGGUUGAGAGCACCGGAGACGGUGAGCUCAGUGAACUCGUCGAGGAAUUCAACGAAGGCCGCAUCCAGUUUGCCUUUGUCAAAGUCAAGGACCCCAAUACUGGUCUUCCCAAGCAUGUUUUGAUCGCCUGGUGUGGCGGUGGUGUUCCCGAGCGCACCAAGGGCUACUUCACCAGUCAUGCUGCUGCCGUCACCAAACUCCUCCAUGGCUACCACGUGCAGAUCACAGCCCGCUCAGAGACCGACCUUCUCCCCGAGGACAUCAUUCAGAAGGUCGCCGAUGCUUCCGGCGCCAAAUACUCGGUCGCAUCUUCGGCUCCCGCGCAUUCCCCCGCCCCUGCCGCUGUUCCUCCCCCCGUUGCUAAGAAGCCCGUCUUCACCCCAACAACCUCAGUGACGACAAGCUCUUUCAACCUCGCUGUUCGUUCCCGUAGGCGCGAUGACGACGAUGACGGCUGGGGUGACGCACCACCCGUUACGAGAACCGAGCUCGAGAAGGUGGAGCCGGCCUACAAGCCAACCAAAGUGGACAUUGCGGAAUUAAGGAAGAACAAGGACGACUCGAGGUCCAGCGAACCAUCGAGAGAUGAUAGGCCUAGCGAUAUCAUCAAAGGCGGCUACCAGCCCGUCGGGAAGGUUGAUAUUGCUGCCUUGAGAGCACAGGCGAAGCAGGAAGACCGGCCGACUCCUGUAAAGGGUUCCUAUGAGCCUGUUGGCAAGGUCGACAUCGCAGCUAUUCGUGCCCGGGCACAGCAAAAAGAAGACGAGCCUGCCCCUCUAAAAUCUGUCGCCGAACGUAGCGCUGCCUUCACCCAAGCCGAACGUCUGACCGAGCUUCCUAAGCCGAAGGUUGCCAAAAAGUUCGGCAGCACCCCCUUUACGGGAACAAAGGCUCCAACUCCUAUUGGAAUGGGCUUUGGAGCUCCUUCGGUCCCUCCGCCACCAACUGUAGGCAGCGCUAGCAGGACGUUUGCUGAUCAAGGCGGCAAGACGCCGGCUCAAUUGUGGGCAGAAAGAAAGGCCAAGCAAGGAGGCGCUACGCCCAGCGCGGUCUCUCCUCCCCCUGCAGCGACCACCAUCACGGCACAAAAGAGCGGCACCGAGUGGAAGAGCGGGUACACGGGCAGGACUUGGGCCCCUGUCCAAACUACCAACUUCGGUCGAGGCGGUGUGGAGAAACAAAAGACAGGCGGGACGGAGCGGUCCGAGCCUGAGCCCGAGCCACAGCAGCCCGUGCUGACUGGAGGGAGCGUUUCUGCUCUGCGCGAAAAGUUCAAGGAUGCUGCUCCCCUCGGGACAACGCCGCGCUCUCCCUCGAGCGUUGCUACUCGUAGUGAAGAUGAGCCGAUCCCUCCGCCGCCGCCAAUGGGCAGCAGGCCUGUGGGCGGUGUUGCAUUGCCCGGUCUGCCUUCCAGACCCACAGCCGCAAACCAGGAAGAGGAGAAGAAGGAGGAAGAACCCCCCGCCGUACCCUCCAGGAACUAUGAAGAGCGUGAGCCGUCACCAGUCAGGGUCGCAAUGCCUGUCCCUCGUAGUGCCGUUCCGGAGAUUGAGCCCCCGGCCGAGCGGCUACCCCCUCGUCCUAUCCCAGCUCCUGAAGAGGUGCCCAAGGAGGAGGAGCUGCCCGUGGACCAGGAGAUCCAGAACCCGAGAACCACGGCAGCGGUGGCUGCCACAGUUGCCAGUGAAGCGCUGAGUCGUUCUGCAAGCAGCGGCGCUGACACUGCAGGUCGGAGCGGCAGGAAGGCUCUGAUUCAGUAUGAUUAUGAUAAGGCGGAGGACAACGAGAUCGAUCUCAGGGAAGGCGAAUACGUGACUAAUAUCGAAAUGGUCGAUGAUGACUGGUGGAUGGGUACCAACUCCAAGGGCGAGACUGGCCUGUUCCCGAGCAACUACGUAGAAUUGGUGAAUGAUGACGAGACGGGGGCUGCCGAAGCCUCUACCGCCGCACCACCAUCGCCUGCUCCUCCUGCAGCGACGCAGCCUCCUCCCGCCCCUGCUGUCCCUGCCGCUUCUACCGGACCAACGGCAACGGCCCUGUUUGAUUACGAGGCCGCCGAAGACAAUGAACUGAGCUUCCCGGAAGGGGCCAAGAUCACCAACCUGGAGUUUCCUGAUGAAGACUGGUGGUUCGGUCACUAUAACGGCGCAUCCGGCUUGUUCCCUGCCAACUACGUCCAGCUCGACUCGUAG